CACUGUUGGCUUCGUUGUAAUGUGAUAUUUCUUGUGGUUAGAAUUCAAUUAGAUCUCUUUAUUUAGCGAUGGCUGAGAAGUGUGGAUCAGAGAAAGCAUCAAGCACUUCACCGAACCUGAUAUGUCCAUUAUGUCUUGAUAUAUUUGUCGAGGCAACAAUCCUGACUUCAUGUGGACACACAUUUUGUAGGCGAUGCCUCAAGAAAUACGAUCUAACCCACCAGGACCUUGAUCACAUGGUCUGUCCUCUCUGCAGGGAGAUCACCAAGCUGUCUGCCAACCGUGUCGAUGAUCUCCGCCUCAAUGUCUCCAUCAACGGAUGCGUAGACGAUUACCACGCCAAGUGUGGAGGAAUGAAUGCUGUCCUUGAGAUGUGCCAGAAAUGCACCGCUUGCAAGUCUCUGAAAGACGCCGUGUCCUUCUGCUUAACAUGUAAUUGUUACAUGUGUGAUAAGUGUCUGUUUUCUCAUCAACAGCUUACCAUGUUCUUUGACGGUCAUGAGAUUGUCUCCAUGGAUGAAGUCAUCGAAGGAAAGGUCAGCAUUGGUCAUUUAUUCGAGAAGUGUUCCAUCCACAAACAAGAAAACAAGGAUAUGUUUUGUGAGGAUUGUAAGGUCCAUGUCUGUCACAAGUGCAUACUCGUUGAUCAUCAAAAUCACAAAAUCAAGAACCAGAUUAACUUUGAGCAGGAGUUGCGACAGAAGGUGACAGACCUUGCUCAGCGAUGUGCUGACAAGAAAGCAGAGCUGGAGAAGAACAUUCAGAACAUAGAAAUACAACGUCAUGAGGUACACACUGCAGUGCAGACACUACUAGAUGAUGUCAGGCAAGCCUACAGUAUCAAGGCCAAGGAACUGGAAGAAAAUCUUCGAAAUCUCACCGAGCAAAUACAUGCCUUAAAGCAUAGUUUUGAUGACGACCUCGACGUCGUGAAGUCAAAACAUCGACAGAGGAUCAAGGGUAUUUGUAGUUCAAUAACAUUGGUUGAUAAUGACAGACUGGGUCAUCUUGAGACAGACACUCUAUCUGCUCAUAUCUUGCUCUGUGAGGAGCUGGAUACCAUGCUGAAGGAGGUUACUGAUCACACUUCUGUGGAAGCUAUUAAGAAGAAAGCACAGGAGAAGAGGUUCAAACCAGCAGACAAUGCCCGUCUUGACCUCGGGAGUAUCUCAGAAUAUACUGAUCAUCCAUCUACGGCAGCCAUAAAGAAGAAAGCACAAGAGAAGAGGUUCAAACCAGCAGACGAUACUCGUCUUGACCUCGGGAGCAUCUCAGGAUCAGAUCCCAAGAUGGAUGUCAUUCAGUGUGUUGAUCUACGGGGAGGGAUGUAUGGUAUGGCACGGUACUCCAAUAGCACUGUCGCUAUCGGGUAUGGGGAUUAUGCACAAGGUAUUGAUAUCAUUGAUUCAAAUGGUGGUAAGCAGCAGUAUAGUAACACACCCUUAAGUGACAUGAAAUGUAGUGAUCUGGUCUUGCAACGGGACGGGUCGUUAUGCGUGUCGACUGGUAAAACAGAAGCCCACAUCUAUUCUCCCCUUGGCUCCAGGAAAGCAACAAUCCACGUGAGAAACAAUAGAUAUCUUCUCAGAGUUAACAGUAGUCCAUCAGAUGAAAUCAUCAUUACUAACUAUAGAAAACAAGUCUAUAUCUAUGACCCGACGGGAUCCACUCUUAAGCACACUGUUCAAACAAAGCACUAUACGAGGCAGGCAUCUACCACCAGGACGGGUUUGAUCGUCACGAGUUCAUGUUGGGGCGAUCCAAGCGUAGUGACGGUCUAUGACAGGGAUGGGAAUGCUGGUAAGUCUCUACAAGCUCCACAGGGUGUCUACACGUAUGCUGCCGUGGAUGAGCAGGACAGGGUGUAUAUAGCGAGUGUUGAUUGGAAGAAUGGGAAGGUGGUGAUCAGGCUCUAUGAUCUUGAUGGUUUGAACCUGAAGGAAAGAGUUGAGUUCAAUGCACUUGAUAUGACAUUGGGUUGGAAUUGGUGUUACUUGGUUUCCCUCUCCCCAGACAUGCUCGCCUUUGCUUCUUACAUGAAGUUAUAUUUCAUCAAGGUAUCACUGUAAUCCACGUUAUAUCACACCAUGUAGUAUGGAAACUGACGUGCUUUCACCCUGCUACAAAUCUACUUUAACAGGUUUCGAUAUUCAAUACUUCAUGUAUAUUACUUACGAUACGAAACCUUUUCCUAAUGACAAAGUCAGUUAAUGUGAUACAGAUACAAUAAAAUUUAAUUCGUAGAAAAAAAGAGUAUGUUUCGCAGCCAGAAGCUGGAUAAAAUAUGAAAAUUUUAGUAUUUAAUACGACAAUAUUCAAGUGAUACAAGUGAUAAAUAAAAUGAAGCAAUUAAUGAAGUGUAAAAAUUAUACGUUACUUUGCACCAAUUUUACGAGUUUUGAAUAUACCAUUUAGUCUGCAACAAACAGGCCUACCGUGCUUAUUAUUGUAAUUAUCAUUUACUAACUUAAAGAUAAAAAUAUAACUAAGUGUUUAUUGAAAAUAUAAUAAAGCAAUUAGCAAAUGUAAUUUCAAAUAAAUCAAGAUAAUUACUAUCAUACUUACUAAUGAAAAUAUUUACAGCGCAUUAGGGGAAUAAACGGAAAAUAAGCAGAAAGACUAUACUCUACACAGUAUUAGACCAUUUUGCUUUCACAUCAUGCGAAAGUUUCGUACCACCAUACUCAUGCCUAUUCGCUAUUGUAUAUUAUUCAGUUGAAUUAACUUUGGUGAUGGAAUGAUGACUUCUUUUGGACCUUCUAGACUGUAAAAACUGUGGUGUUAAAACUGACAUCAAUUGGUGAUAAUAGAGGACCACAUCCUGAGGUGUUAAAAUAACACCCUAGAGAUUGAACAUAACACCAAAGAGUGUAAAUGUAACAACCAUAUGUGUUUUAAUAACACCUAUAGGUGUAAAACUAACACCACCAAUUUAACACCGGUGUAAAAUAACUGGUGUGGUCCUCUAUGUACACCGGUUAACACCACAGUUUUUGCUGUGUACCAACAUACUCAUGCGUAUUCGCUAUUUGUAUAUUAUUCAGUUGAAUUAACGUUGGUGAUGGAAUGAUAAGAUGACUUCUUUUGGACCUUGUAGACUGUAAAAACUGUGGUGUUAAAACUGACAUCGAUUGGUGUUAAUAGAGGACCACACCCUAAGGUGUUAAAAUAACACCCUAGAGAUUGAACAUAACACCAAAGAGUGUAAAUGUAACAACCAUAGGUGUUGUAAUAGCACCUAUAGGUGUAAAACUAACACCACCAAUUUAACACCGGUGUAAAAUAACUGGUGUGGUCCUCUAUGUAUACUGGUUAACACCACAUAUUUUGCUGUCUAGACGUUUCUUGCAUUUUGUUUUUGAUAAAUAUGUGAUCUUCUCCAAGAGGGAAAGAUAUACCAACCGCUGAUAACCAGUUAUUAAAAAACCCAAAUAUUUGCUGGUAAAAAAAAUCUCUUUUUGUUUAAGAGUAGUCUUGAAAAUAUACCGUUUUGAUUUUCUUUGUUUUAGAAUGUUUACGAGACAUGUGUAGAAUAUUUCUUAUUCUUCUUUUGUCAUAAAUCCCUUUGAAAGGGAAUGGAAGCAUUGUAAUGGUAAUUACAGGUGGAGAUGUGAAUAUAUAAUUUAUAUUCAUUUUUCAAUAUAUGCGUGUAUAAAUAUAAACUUGAUCUCAAUUAUUAUUUACAUAAUAGUGCAUAUAGAAAUGUAUUUUCUACGGUGUAUAGUAUAAUUACAAAUCUUGAAUUAUCGUUAUAUUAAGGUGUAGAGGCUUUCUAAGAAUUAUUUAGAGAAAAUUCAUACAGAUAGAUUUCACUAUCUUUGAUUUCAGAUUAAGUAAACGAUUGCUAUACUCAGUUUUUAUUGCCCGGUGUUCUCUCUCUAAAUUCAAGCAUGUAACAACGAUCACUUCAGAUCCCAGAAUUUGACACCCAUCAAAACUGCUAAAUUCUUGCAGUUUUAAAAGAAUAUUUAUGCAAUCCUUAUCCCGAAUUUGCACCUAACAAAUUGGUGUUAAAAACCCAAAACUAAUCCACCGCUUAUUUCGAAAUUAAAAAUGGAAGUUUAAUCAAGUAAAAAUAGAUAAUUGUAUAUCUGGAAAAUAAAAAUAACAACUAGCUUUUUUAGUACAAGCCCCAAACGACGAAAUUCUGCGAUUGCGAUUUUAGGAUCAUGAAAACAGCCUUAAAUGAACGUUCUGAAUAGAACCUUUUUACGCAAUAAUUCUAGAGACCAAGGUAUCACCUUUAACGUAUUAAGGGCGCCAACUCCAGGUCGAUCUGUGGUUAUUUUUUUAAUAACAUUUCAUUUUAAUGUAUAAAUGAUUUUUUUUCUUGUGUAAAUAUCACGAUUUAUAUUAUUUUACAAAUGCAUGCCAUUGAAUUACUGCCCUCUCAGAGGUUAGUCUAUGAGAUUCUUUUGUUUAUAAAAUGUAAUAGUUAUGACUAAUGUUUUAAACGACUCUGUUUAUCCCUUGGGAAAGAGUAUUUUGAUUUGAAUUGAUUACAACAUUUAUAGUUUUAUAAUUUCGGUAUAAGGUUUUUUUAUCAUUUUGUAACAUAUGUUUCGUGACGCCAUGAAUGCAUCACUAUUAGUGACUAUGCGUAGCUAUUAGAUGAAUUUAUUUUGAAUGUAUAAUCAGUGACAUCUGGGUCCCGUAGCACAAAUUUGAAAGAACAAUUCUGAUUGGUUCCUAUUCAGUCUAGUGAAGAAAAUACGCAUGCAACGACGAUCUUGAUAGGCUAUUUCAUUUAGCGAGUAAUCUGUUAUCGCUAACCUUUGUGUUAUCUCGCCUAGUUAGUUUAACAUGAAAAAAGAGCAAAUGGGCUUCGUGUUUUGAAAUGCACUUCUGGGGCCUGUUACACGAACCUUAACAAGCAUUUUAGAUGAAUAUCUCUACGAUUGAUUGAAUUGACUACAAUGUACAAUUAAUCAUGAAUACCAAGCCUGCGAUCAAUCGCUAACCUUUGUGUUACAGGACCAUUGUAGACUUAUAUACUGUAUAAAUGGGAAUGGUAUAUGUAUCGAUUAUUAUCAACUAUAUAAUAUAAUGAUAUAGAAAAUAUCUUAUCUCUUGAUAUGCUGAAUGUGGAAUCUUGUUUUAUACUUAAAUCAAGAAUCACCAUUACAGAUGAAGGGGGCCUCAAGCUGCAAAUCAUAUUACAUUAUACAAAGGCUACAUUUUGAUAUUCGAUUGUUUUAUUCUCUUAGGCCAAUAUAUAUUAGAGUGCAUUUAGCAAAGCAAAAGAGAAAACAAAUAGAAACAAAACAGAUAUCCGAUUAUUUUAUGAGAUAUAGAUAGAAAACGAGGGAAAAUUAUUCCGAGAGGACAAUCUAGAGUUUGCUAUCUAAAAAAGACCAAUGUAUAUUUGAUUAGAAUUGAAGUAUAUCGAGCACAUAGCUAUUAUUCCUUUAUAAAUUGAAUCUAUGGAUUUAUCUUUUCAUUAAAUUGUAAAUAAUAAUAAAAUUGAAUCGAAUCUGCUAAAACUUUGAACAUGUUGAAUACUAACUACAUAGAGCGCUUGCAAAAGGAUGAGAGGCGGGGGGAGUGGAACUUCAAAGUUAGUGAAUCCUACCAAAAAUGAACAUAAUAUGUAUUUAAAAUGUUCAAGUUUUGCCAUGUAAUAAUGAAU